CUUUUCCCCAAUUUCUGUCUAGGGUUUAUGGGUUCGAAUUUUUGCUUCGGCCACGAUGAAGAUCUCUCGUCUCGCCUCAAAAAUUUCUCUCUAUCUAAUAGAGAGAGUCUCUUAGUUGAUAUAGCCCAGAACGAUAUCAAAAUCAGUGAUGAAGAAUGCCAAAACAGUUUGUUCGGCAAGGUUAUUGGUGACCGUAUAGCAAGCUGGAAUGGAGUUACAAGAACUAUGAGCCAAAUUUGGCGCCUCAGGCAACCAAUGGAAGUGAAAGAGCUGGGCACAAACUAUUUUCAAUUCAUAUUCCAGUGUAAAGAAGACAAAGACAGAGUUGCCAAGGGUAUUAACUGGAGUAUCGACAAUCAAUAUCUGCUUCUCACAGAAUGGAAAACAGGCCUCUCACCUUCGCACCCCAUAUUCCAGGAACUACCGAUUUGGGUUCAGGUCUUUAAUGUUCCUUUAAACUGGAUUAGCUCUGAGGUGGGUCUCAAGAUUGGGAAAAUUUUUCCUCGAGUUAACAAUGUGGUUGUGGUGGGGGCAGGUAGCCAUGGAGGUAAAAUUUUACGGCUGUUAGUUUCGGUUAAUCUCAAUGAAUCUCUUCCUCGGUGUGCUAAUAUCAGAUUGGGAGACCAAAUUGUCAGUGUUAGUUUUAAAUAUGAAAAGUUGAUCAACAUGUGUCAUUAUUGUGGAUUAGUUGGUCACCUGGACAGAAGUUGCUCUGAAAGGAUUGAUGCUAUUAAGAAUAACUCUCUGAAAGAAGGGCAGUUUGGUGAAUGGAUGAGAGCUCCAGAUGGACCUCUAUGGUCAGGUCCUGCUUUUUCUGGUUCCAAAUUUACUUGCCCUGACUCUCCUAAUAAUCCAACUUCACAGUCGCCUUUGAAAACUACAACCAGUCAAAUGGAGGAAAACAAUCAACUUCUAGUCAUUUCUAUGGAAUCAUCUCAACAAGAACAGCCAGAAGUUCAAGGCCCCAUACACCCUUCUCCAGUCUCUAAGGAGCCUACGGUGUCAUCAUCUCCAAACUCUCUUGAGUUAAUUUCUUCAGAGAAGGCUGCUUCUACUGUCCAUCAUAUUGUUGUCAAAGAUAAAAGUUCUCUCAUGGAAGUGGAAGACUCUCAAGCCAUUAUCUCAGUUGUGCCUCUUUCUUCUGAUCUGAAGAUGGAUGCCACUCCUAUGCUUCAUCUCAAAACCUGGAAAAGAUCUAACACUGCAGAUGCUUUCUUUUUUCUUUCUGAAACUAAAAAAUCUUCUUCCUUUGUCCAUUCUGUGGUCAGUAAAUUGGGUUUCAACAACAGAUUCACUUUAGUUAAUCCUCAAGGGAUUAGUGGGGGUCUUCUUCUGCUGUGGAGUUCUGACAUUUCUAUCCUUAAUGUUUCUUGUCAAGACUUUUUUAUUGCUGUGGAAUUUUCCUUCAAAAAUUCUGUUUCUAGCUGGGGAGUCUUUACUUAUCUAAGCCCUUACUCCACAAUCAGAACUGAGCAGUGGAAAUUUCUGGAGUCUGAAAAAUCAAAUUGGGGGAACAGAUGGUUUGCAAUUGGAGACUGGAAUGACAUAUGUCUAAGUUCUGAUAAACUGGGGGGCAUUCCAAGGUCUCCUAGAAGCAUGGCUGGUUUCAAUGAUUUCAUUAAUAACAUGGCAAUGGAAGAGAUUAGAAUGGUUGGUAACAAGUUUACAUGGUGCAAUCUCAGACUGUCUGAAGGUCUGAUUCAAGAGAAACUGGAUAGAGGGUUCUGUUCCCUUGACUGGAUGCAAUCUUUUCCUAAUGCUACAAUUACCACCAUCCUGAGAAGUGCAUCUGACCACUCCCUUUUGCUGCUUAACUCUGGGGCUCUCAAAGAACAAAAUAGCAAAAGAUUCCAUUUUGACAAAAGGUGGCUCUUAAAAGAAGAUAUCUCUCAAGUGGUCUCUGAGGCUUGGAGCCUUCCCUGUACAGGCACUCCUUUCUUUAAGCUGAAGGAAAAGAUUAAAAGCACUAGAAAAGCCCUCAUUAUAUGGAGCUCAAAGUUGUGUGUUAAAAAAAUAAUGUUACAAAUGGGAUUUUGUCAGCAAUUUGUCAACCUAAUUAUGGUCUGCAUCUCCUCAUGUUCUUAUUCUUUCAAAGUGAAUGGACUUAUCAGUGGUUAUGUUUUGCCUUCUAGAGGAAUCAGACAGGGGGACCCUCUGUCCCCCUACCUUUUUAUAAUUAUGGCUGAACUUCUCUCUGCCCUUGUGUCUGCAUCUGUGGCUUCUGGUGAUUUUAUUGGGUUGAAGUUAUCUAGAAAUGGUCCUGCUCUAUCACACUUACUGUUUGCAGACGACUCUUUAUUUUUUUGCAAAGCCUCUGUGGAUCAAACUGCUCUUCUUCUGAAUUUGCUGGAAAAAUAUAGGCUUUUCACUGGACAAACUGUCAAUAUGCUGAAAUCUGCUGUUUUCUUCAGUAGAAGUUGCCCUGCCAUUCUUCAGUCUAGAAUCUGUUCCUCUCUUAAUGGAAUUCCCUCUCAUAAAUCUACAAGAUACUUGGGAUUACCUCUGGGAAUUGGCAAGUCAAAAAUUGAAGUGUUUCAAUAUGUGGUUGAUUCUGUUAAAUCUAGAAUUCAGAACUGGAAAUCAAAUAUGCUCACCCCUGCUGGCAAAGAGGUGCUCAUAAAGGCUGU